AAUUCUUAUCAAGAUAUGCCGCCGUCAUAUCGAAUAUUUCUACGGUACUACGAUGGUUGGAAAAAUGAGAAACAUUCAGCAGAGGAACAGAAAGAGGCUUCUUCCGCUAAUGGCUAAUCCAACAAUAAGAUAAAAUUAGGCAACAAUUGAGCAAUAAAAUAAUGCAUCUCAAAGUUUCAGAUUAUUGUUGCACAUUUAGAUUAGAGCUUGCUAUACCUUUUCAAUAAUCUUGAACUAAAUUAAAAUAUGCAUUCACCCGUGAAAUCUUACGUUGUCCUACUCCUACCUAUGAUUAUAUUACUGAUAUUACGAAGCGGUGACUGUAAACAGCGUAUUUGCUUCGAAGUGCCGGACUCAACAUUGAGCGACGAAGUUCAAGUUUCUCUCAACUACGACAGAAUUGAUGAAAUUGUUAGCAGACAUAUUAAUCAAGUUAUGAAGGAAUGGCACGUUGAAAUGCGACAUCGAUUUGAGGAUCAAGGACAGAUAUUGAAACACCAGUUUAAAAAUUCGACAACAGCGAUGAAAGAGAAAUUGGGAGAAGUUAUCCUUUUCAACAAAACACAAGAUUGUCCAGUCCGAACAGAUAAAUUUCCUGAUGAACUGUGUGAAGUACGUCGAGAUGAUGCAUGCUACUGGACAUAUGCUACCUAUUCAAACACCCUAACAUACUCCGCAGCAGAGAAAUUAUGUAAAAGCAAGAACUCAACUGUAGCUAUCAUACCUGACCGAUCUGUUUACAAUGCCGUUCGUGACAGUCUGAACAAAAGAAUACCGAACGUACAGGCAGGAUAUGUGGAUGCAUGGCUUGGAAUCAGGGUUGAUCCCAGAAGCGGACAAAUCAUCUAUCCCGAUCCUGAUGUGUUUAAAUCGUGGGGAUAUAACGCACCAUCCAAGGGCGAGGACAAAACUCAAGUGUAUCUGUUUUCGUCGCCCAGAUUUUAUGGAAUGGUAAACGAUGCACCAACGGGUUACCAAAACGGAGUUGUUUGCCAAAUAUAAAUACAAAUCUUGAAAACGCAAAGACAUUACAUUGUUUAAUAUGUUUAUAAAUUCCAAUGACAUUGGUAUUAUCAAUUUUGGAAGAAUCGUUUUUUAGGGAAUAGGUCCAUUUACAUUGUAGUAGUGUAUUGGAACGUUUUGGGAUUAAAAUUUGUUAAAAUAUUUUUUAGACACAGCUUUUUCUGUUUGUUUCUUUGUUAUUUCGACGUUCAACGGACCAUUGCAAAAA